CCGGGCGGGCGGGCCCCGGGCGGCGGCGGUCACCUGCCCGCAGCAGGCGCUCGGCAGGGAGCGGCCGGGCAUGCCGGAGCAGCCGCCUCCGCCCCCGCCGCGCCCCGGGCAGCCCGCGUCAUGGAGGAGCCGGCCCUGCCGGAGUUGCGCGACGUGGAGCAGAAGCUGGGGCGCAAAGUGCCCGAGAGCCUGGCGCGCUCCCUGCGCGGGGAGGACCUGCCCGCCUGGGGCCGGGGCCACGACCGCGACCGCCUCGCCCUGCCUGCGGCCGCGGGUCCCGGCGCCGCCAGGCUUAGCUCCAGCGCCCUGGAGAGGCUGGAGACCAAAGUUCACCUCCUCAAGCAGGAGAUGGUUAAUCUCCGAGAUACUGAUGUCAAGCUCAUGCGCCAGCUGCUCAUCAUCAAUGAAAGUAUUGAAUCAAUCAAAUGGAUGAUUGAAGAGAAGGGAACCAUUGUGAGCAGAGGCAGUAGUUUGAGUGGCAGUCUGUGCAGCUUGCUAGAGAGUCAGGAGACUUCCCUACGAGGCAGUUAUAAUAGUUUACAAGACUGUAGCGAUGGACUGGAUGGAAUAUCAGUGGGAAGUUAUCUGGACACUUUGGUGGAUGAUGUCCCGGGUUAUCACACCCCUUCAGACAUGGACCAGUUCAGUGAUCCUGCUAUUUUGGAGGACUCACAAGCUCUGCAUAAGCAUCCCAAAAUUGAUUCUGAUGAGUACUACUGCUUUGGUUAAUAAAAGGAGUUCCCAAACAAUGGGAGUGCACUUGUCCCUCUCUUAUGCUGCUAUUUUAUUUUGUGUGACAAAGGAAGAAAAGAAAAAAAUCCCUUUAAAGAAAAAUUUAUUUUGAGACCUUUCUUGUUGCUCCUAACAUUUCUUCUUCUGGGUGGUUGGUUUGCUUUUUCCUUUUUUGUAUCUUAAGUUAUUGCUGUGAUUUUGUUUCUUUUGUUUUAUAAUGCCACAUUUACACGUUUUUUAAAAAGGUGAGGGAACAGCUUUAUCUUCAAAAUAAGACAUCAGGGAUUGAAAGGACUAAUUUUGAAUUUGUUUGACAAUAAAAUACUUUCUGAUACCUA